AUGGCCUCAGAGACCUUUCGUCUCAAAGGCAAACCUCGCGGGGUUCGACGGGACCGGGAUUGUCUGACUUGCAAACGUCGACAGGUCAAGUGUGACCUCAACCGACCGGGCUGCGAGAUAUGUAAAGAUGCCGGUCUGAAAUGUCAAGGGUAUCGAGUGACUGUCAAAUGGGUUGAUGAUGGAAAGCAACAAAGAGGAGCGCCUCGUCCUAGUAAACGAAGUAGGAGAACCACCACCACCACCACCACCACAACAACCAUCACAGCGUCCUCCGACACGACAUCACCGCGCUCUUCAGUGGAUGACGUGGACAUUCAGUCAAUCAACUGGACAACCGACAUCUCGAGCGCUCUCCAAUACUUUGCAGCCAAGCUCGAUCUGGGACGUUGUCAAUCUGCACUCUCCCCAACGUCUGCUCCCUCGCCAAACACAGACGACAUGUCCGAUAUCUGGAAGUUUGCCUGGAAGCGCACGGCGUCGCAUGUCGGCCGCCCUGACAAGAAUGUGAACGACGACGACGACCCUCAGUUUCUGCAUCUCGCCGCACUGAGUGCCUUGAGCCGGAUGGUUCGAGCAGGGCACAUCUUUGCCAUCUUCGGUAUCACCACUUUCGCUUUUCUCGACGUCCGCGAAGGUCCAUUCGGGGAUUGGGGCCGCCAUCUGCAAGGCGCACGUGCCUUGCUCAACAUUCACUGUGGCAAUCUCGCCGAAUUCACCCAAGUGUGUGACUCCACCCCGGGCUUGCAGCAGGCCGUAUCUCUCCUGAAUUGGUACGAUGUCAUGGGAUCGGUCGUCCAUCAAGAUAGACAACUGGUCUUCGACGCCUUCCACCGCGAGUAUAUGGACGACUCUUUGUUCGAGCUCACAGGGUGCGAGAGGGAAACCUUUCAGCUCUACAUCAACGUCGUGCAUCGACGGGAACCGCAUUCAUUUGAUAUGGAAAAAUUAUAUCACCUCACCGUGAUCCAGCUCCUCAAGCUCCAAACCCAGCACGACGACCAGGACUCCUCCCAGCAGUCUCUCAUUCGGGACGCUUGGCGCUUAGGCGCGGUCCUGGCCUGCGUAGGACGAUCGGCAUUUUCUUCAGAAUGUCUUCUCAUCGUCACCAUGGUUAUCGACAAGCUUUGCACCAUCAUCUCGACCAUUCGCCAAAACAACGAAGCCUAUCUCCACCUCGCCUUGCCCGUGUAUCUCAUAGGGGUCCAUGGCACAAAGGAUAAACACCAAGCGCAAGUCAAGCUGUAUUGGAGCUUUUUCAAUUGCAGAAAGGUUCCUGAGUAUCCCCACGCGCAGGAGUUGUGUGAUCACGAGAGAGAGAGGGAGAAGAAUAGGAGGAGUAAGGAGGCUCUGUCGUAA